AGAAAACUGCGAUUUGACUUACGGAGUUGCAACACAGCGAAGAGGCGGAGUGCGCGGCCCAGUUUUCACUUCACGAAUACACUUUUCUUGUUUGCCUUCAACGCCAAGUUUACCCGGGCUGCUGGUGCUGAGUAGGCUGCUUCAAAGUCUUAAACUUUCAAAAUGUCCAGCGACCUCAGGCCAAAGCUGUGCGUCUUAGAAAAAGGGGACACCGGAUACGGGUUUCAUCUCCACGGCGAGAAGAACAAGCCCGGUCAGUUCAUCCGUCAUGUGGAGCCCGACUCUCCGGCCGCCGCCGCCGGUCUGCUGGCCGGGGACAAACUGGCGCUGGUCAACGGGGAAAAUGUGGAGGACGAGAAGCAUCAACAGGUGGUGUCCCGCAUACGAGACACCGCGGGCAAACUGGAGCUCGUGGUGUUGAACGCAGAGACCGCAGAACUGCUACAGAAGCACAAUUUGAAGUGCCAAAAAGAGUAUGUGACUGAUGGGAUACCAAUUCCUGCUGGAUCCGAGCAUGAAGAUGAAGUGAAGAACGGGACAUCAUCCAGAGAAUCCACCCCGGUUCCGGAGACAAAUGGGGACAUGCGCAUGGAUAGACUCAGUGUGAGCUCCAAGGACUCGAAGAACGAGCUGCGUCCACGUCUCUGUCACAUUAAGAAAGGUGCCACCGGAUAUGGCUUUAACCUUCACACAGAGAAGACAAAACCCGGCCAGUACAUCAGGGCGGUGGACGAGGACUCACCGGCAGAGAAAUCUGGACUUCGGCCUCAAGAUAAAAUAGUGCAGGUGAAUGGCGUUUCUGUGCACACCAUGCAGCAUUCAGAAGUGGUGGCGGCCAUUAAAGCAGGAGGAGACGAGACCAAACUGCUGGUGGUGGAUCCAGAAGCAGACGCUUUCUUCAUGAGCUGUGAAAUCCUGCCGACCGAGGAGCAUCUCACAGGUCCACUUCCAGAGCCUGUUCCCAGACGUGAAGCAGAAGAGCAGGUGAAUGGAAAAGUUGUCCAGGUGGAAAAGCCUAAAGUAGCAAUGAGUCUAUCGAGCUCCAGCACCUCCUCCAACACCUCCACCUCUGCAGCUCCAGCUCCGGCUCUGGCUUCAGCUCCAGCUCCGGCUUCAGUUUCAGCUUCGGCUCCAGCCAUGGCCGCUGCACCACAGGAGAAGGUGAAAGAGAAAGCCUCCAGUGCAGACGCAGGCCUGGCUCUGAACAUGUCUCUUCAGCAGGCUAAAGAGCGCGCUCAUCAGAAACGCUCCAACAAGAGAGCUCCGCAGAUGGACUGGAGCAAAAGAAACGAGCUCUUCAGCAACCUCUGAGCCUCCCACGUGCCUCUGUCUCUCUCUGUUGUGUUCUUCACUUCUCCUCCAUCCCAUCAUGCCUCUCUCCAUCGUCGUCAGUCUUUUAAAUCCACUCGCAGAUGAUUAGAAAACCCUUCACGUGUACAUUUUUAAACCAGUGUUAUUCUGCUUGUGAUCUUCUUCCUCUGUUGAUUUCCUUGUUUGUUUGUUUGUUUGUUUUAAGUCUGAUCAGCUGAUUUAGCUCUGUGGAACUGAUAUAUGAUGAUCUUAUAUAUAUAUAUAUUUCUGUAUAAUGUACAGCCUAGAACUUAAUUGUGUUUUAAAAAGAAAGCUUAAAUGAUCUGUGUAUAUAAUCUUGCUUAGCUGACCGUAAUAUUGAUGCAGUAUUGGUGAUCCUCUAUAAGAGCUGAGUUUGGGUGAUUUCCAGCAGCACAGAUCCAGAUUUUAUUCCUUCGUUUAUGAUCAGUUCAUAACCUCAAAUGUAGAAAGUACAGCUUUAUCAUGUUUGUAAAUGUGAACCGGGAGCCAAUAACCACUGUCUGACUGAAUGUUUAAGCCGAUAGCGCUUUUAUUUAAAGUGCUUUUUGAACAGCACAUGCUAAUAAUGUGAGUGAGGAGCGGCUGUGAAACAAGCGUGUGAUGGGAGUUUACUUGUAAAUCUUGCACAGUAGGUCUGUUGUAGUAUCUUCGCUUCAUUCCGUGCGACUUUAAGAUGGUACAUUUUUAAUUCAAAUCCUGAAAUAUACCUGCUGUUUCACACACACAUGAUUUUUGUUAUUAAAUAUUAUCAAAAGUCUGUUAUGACUGAAUUUCUAUACAGGAGUAAACAGAUUCUAGAAAAGGGUCUCAAUACUCUUGUUAAAUAUAGACGUAUAAACAUUUGGCUAUAUAACUGAUUUAAUCCACUUAAGUCAUGUCAUAACAUAACGGUGACGUAUGGAAUAAUGUUUCCGCUACUCAUUUAGGACUAAAAAGUGGCCUUAAACGAAUAUUUUCUCUAUCACACUUUAAAGUGAAUUUGAUAUAAAAUCAUGGUCUACACAUAAAUCUCUGGACUUGCUGAAUCACAAAUAACAAAAUUAACAAUUUAUUAAAGAAUCCAUCCCUCUCUGCCCAUCUGAUAUUUGGCAUGGAUGUACAGCUGAAGUCAGAAUUAUUAGGAAAAAAAAUUUUCUAUGCUAUACAGUUUAACAGCAGUUUUUAUUGUAAAUCUGUGGCUAUUUAAAUGAUAAUUCAGUCUGCUUAUAUAUAUAUAUAUAUUUUUUUUUUCUUUCUAUAAUCCAUGGUUCAUUUUUUAAAGGCUGCGUUUUAUUUUAAAUGCUUUAGAAGACUAUAUUUGUUCAUCCAAACCAAAAUAAUGAUGAUCAUUUACUUGUUUACUGUUGUUCAUUUUAAACCUGUGCUGAUGAGAAAUAUGAAAAUUAUCUAUUGAUUUUUAGCAUUUUCAUUUGUCUAAUUUGCCAAUAAUCUGGCAGCUCACCUGAAAAACUUUAACUACUGAUAAUUUUAACUAAUUUAAUUUGUACUACUACUACUAAUCAUAAUAAUAAUCAUAACUCCCUCAUGUGGUUUUAAACUACUAUCUGUUGAACACAAAAGAUAUCUUUAAGGAUGCCAGUUUCUAGGAUCUAUUAACUUCCUUAAUAGUAAAAUUGUGCAAAACGAAAGAAACUCAAAUAGGUUUAAAACAAAUGAAUGAUUUAAAGGUGCAGUAUGAAACGCCUAUUUCUUGCAGCUGAACAACAGGAUAAACUGACAAUGAUCACCUCAAA